AUGGGGAUGCAGCCAGCUGCUGCCGGGAGACAGCCCUCCUCCCCACCCCACCCCACCCCACCCGCCAACCCCGCUUCCCUCUGCCCCCACCCUCUUCCUCACGGGGAAAGCGGCCCGGACCGCGCAGCCCCGCCCUGCCCCACCCACCCCGCUCCCAGCCCACCCCUCGGUCCGGGGAGCUUCGAGCUUCACAAAGCCACUUGCCGGGCGCUGCGGUGCCCUGGGCGAGGGGGCGAGCGGGGCUGGGUACCUUUAGGAAGAGGCCAGGACACCGGCGCCCGGAGAGACCAGCAGCAUCGCCCGCACGCCGCCGCCGCCGCUGCGGAGGGCUACUUCGCGGCGCCCACAGCCGGAUCCGGCGGGGACCGGCCACCGCCGCCACCGCCGCCCGAGCCGCUCGCGCUCCCCGCGCUGCGCUCCGCGCGCGGCUCCCGACUCCGCUGCCCGGCGACCGCCACUGUCAAGCGGAGCCCCGCCCCCUGCGCGCUCGGCGAGCCGCGGACCCCCGGGACGCGCCGCCGCCGGGAUUGGCUGAGCAAGUCGCUGGCUCCGCCCCCGCGCGCCUCGCCCCUCCCGCGCUGGUGGCGCGCGCGGCGGCCGGCUCCCUCCAGGGGCGCCGCGGGAGGGUGGGGUCCCGGGCUGGGCGAGGCUUCCUGCGGGCACGGCGCGCGCGGAGCCUCGGCUCCGGGGCUCCGGGCUCUGCAGUUUCUCCGUCCUCGCCCAGCCCGGAAAAAAACUGCACGGCCGAGAAGGAAAAGAGGAAACGUCUUCUGUAGGGCCCUUCGCACUGCUGCAGCGGGUCUGGUGGGAAAUCUUAAUGAUGGAAAGACGUUGGUGAAGGAAGCCCAGGAAAGGCUACCUAGGAUUCUCUACUUCCACCUCCAGGAAAAUAGAUACAUAUUUAAGAGAAAAAGACACUGGCUUGAAGUAACUUAGCUGUUACCAUAGAGAACAAGAAAAUAAAAAAUUUCACAUUAUGUGAAAGGAAAGUCAAGCGUGAUAAUUAUUCAGAAUAAACCACUCAAAAGGCUCUUCAGUAGAAUAAAGAAGAAUCGUUGUCCCAAAGGAAGCUACUGUUUUGACAUUUAACUGGGAAGAGAUCCAAAAAUUGAGACUAGGAGUAUAGCCCUUGCUUUUCUUUUGUAAGACUUCAUGUGAUAAUUCAGAGAAGCUGAUGUUUGUAAUUCUAGUUACCUUCAAAUGAUAAUAAAAUCAAACAAAUCAAACAAAACCAAUGGAUGCAUGUAUAUAGGAGAUUGACACUGCAAUAAUUUCUAUCUUUUUAAUAAAUGACUUGAUACAUUU